CUAUCAAGUUGAUCUAGUGAAAAGCAUUGGGAACGCUUUGAUGCUAUUAAAUUUGUUUAAGUUUGAGACAAUUCAUCAUUUAUCCAACAAUAUCUCAGCUUAUUUGAAAAGCUGCUUUGGUAAAACCACUUUCUACAGCGCAAACCAUCCGGAUGACAUCAAGAUUGUGGUAGUGGACGUGGACGUGUCACAACCUCUUAAUAAGGAUGGGAACAAUGUGUACGAUAUAUUGUGGAAUGGUGAUGAAAGCAGCAGCGAUGAUGAAAAAGUGUAUGAAUUUUACGCGUAUGGAGUUCAGAAAUGUGAUAAUAAGAGAAGGAGGAGUCCAUAUGCAGAUGGAUACGACUAUUAUCAUGAAAGAGAUCUAGCUCGACUUGACUUGGAGUUUGUUGUUGAAAAUUCUGAUAUUCAAGACAUGGCUAAUUCUAUAUGUAAUUACAUGAUAGAGGAAGCCAGGUUUGUUUAUGGAGUAGAUCCAUUCGACGGGGUAAAACAAGAAUUUAGAGAGCUGGUAGGUGGAUUGAAAAUUAUGACAGUGGGCAAUGUAUUAUUGAAGAAGAAUAUUAUUUUGCAUAAUUUUGAGUUGGAAGAAGACGACAUAUGUCCUAUUUGCUUUGAGAAAUUUUCUGAGGAAUCAGUUGUGGCAGUGACCACACCAUGCUCUCAUAUAUUCCAUAGGAGUUGCGUUUUCUCCUGGCUAUCGGAGAACAGCAGUUGCCCGCAUGAACAAUAGACUACUUCUUGUUGUUUUCAUAGGCGGUACUGUACUAUCUUUUUCUUAUAAUUUCUGUUUGGUACUUUUAUCUUCUAUUUCAUCUUAGUCCUAGGUUUCCAGCUAAGAGUUUUUUCUAAUUUUUUUAGGCCUCUAUAUUCAGGUAAUACCAGCAAGCACUGUAAAAACUAUGUUGAAUGAAAACCUGUUUUUUUAUCUCCGUGUUUUCUU